GAUUCUUUUCACCUUGGCGCGGGUUGUACAUAUUGGCUGCUGGCGUCAUGUGUUAAUAAUGUUUGUAAAUAUGAAUGAGGAGUUUGGGGAUACUAUGAUAAGUUCGGAUCAGUUGCUUUCUUUCGGGCUUGGUGGACUUCGUAAUAUAGGCAACACUUGUUACAUGAAUGCUGCUUUACAAGCCUUAUCAAAUUGUCCACAUUUAACGGAAUUUUUUCUCGAGUGCCAUAACAUCCUUGAUCCAAAUCGAAGGCUUGUGUUGUUCAGUCAUUAUUGCACACUACUUUCUGAAUUUUGGGGGAAUGAAAGACCACGCUGCUUCAAUGCAAAUACAAUUUUAGAUACUUUCUGCAUUGUGCACCCAAUGUUCAGAGGUUAUGCACAACAAGAUGCUCAAGAGUUUCUGAGACUAUUUUUAGUCCAGCUGCACGAAGAACUGAAACACUCAAGGCUUUCAAACUCAGACAAAAAAGGCAUCAAGCCAACAACUACUACUUGUUCAUCGGACAACAGUAAUAAUAGUAUAAUUACUGAUGUCUUUCAGGGCAGAUUAGUUAGCUCUGUCCGUUGCCUGUCAUGCAGUCGGCUUUCCAAUAGGGAGGAAUCAUUUAUGGACUUGUCCCUUUCCCUUACCAAACCUACUGUACAAACGUAUCCAUCCUCUUCUAUUGAUCAAUCAACAAAAUCCUCUUUGAUGAAUGGUUCAAUAAGCACAGGUUCUUUAUUGAAAAAUGGUCCUGUAUAUUUGAAGACAUCUAAUGAUUUGCAACAGACAGAACCAUCGAAGUCAACAAGUCGAAAGUAUUCUACACCACGUGGAUCAAAAAUAAAGUCAUCUUCGUUAUUCGCAUUUCCAACAAUUGUUGGCCGUCUGGUAACGGGUAUUCCUUGGUUCUUCACUAUGCUUUUAACCCUAACUCAUAUAUUUUUAUCCUAUGUACAAAGCUUUUUGCCCUCACCUAAACAAUGGAUAGAUAAAUGGUCUACUCUUACCCUUGAAGAUUGCUUAUCUCACUAUUUUUCUGAAGCGGAAUUAGUUGGUGAAAAUGGAUAUUUCUGUGGAAGAUGUAAUCGGCGGUGUAAUGGUUUGAAACAGUUCAAACUUGUCGCGUUGCCGGAAAUUCUGACACUACACUUGAAAAGAUUCAGUAGUAAUCAUUUAUAUUCUUCGAAAUUAUCAUCUCCAGUGAAUUUCCCGUUGAAGAAUUUAGAUCUUUCACCAUUCCUUCAUCGUGAUUGUACAGAUAAAAUUACAAUCUAUGAUUUAAUUGGUGUCAUCUGUCACUAUGGUGGUUGCGGCGGUGGUCAUUACACUACAUGUGCGUAUAAUUCCUCAACGGAACAUUGGUAUGAAUUCAAUGAUGAACAUGUACGAAAAUUGGAUGCUGAACAAGUUGAAUCAUUGAAAAGUUCAGCAUAUAUCCUGUUUUAUCGGAAACGUGACACACAUUUGGAACCAAUACGUAAUUCUUGGCAAUUAACACCAUCUGGUAAAAUGUGUUAUGUAAGCAAACCUUGGGUUGUUCGCUUUUGGACAUGGGCUGAACCAGGUCCAAUGACAUCAGAAUUUUUCUGUGAACAUGGUUAUUUUCGACCAGAAUUAUGGGAGAUGCGUAAUUCACUAACUUUAUCUAUCCCAGAAAGUAUUUGGUGUAAUCUUCAUAAAAUGUUUGGCGGUCAUGAAAUUAUUCAAGAAUUAAUCCCAUGUAGUGAUUGUUCUGAUACUAUUUCCAAAAGACAGAAAUAUGAACUGUCAGAGAUUAUGAGGGUUAGUUCGUCGGUCACUCCAUCGUCCACAUCUUAUGCUGUCAGUAAAAAAUGGUUGGAUGUAUGGCUUCAAUUUGUCAAAGGACAAAUAUGGGAAGCUCCAGGUCCAAUUGAUAAUUCCGACAUUAUGCCAUGCAAUAAAUCCCUUUAUUCCUAUCGUAAUAGUGGAUCACUUAAUUAUCCUACUCUUUCAUCAAUACCACUUGGUAAUUACGAAUGUGUUUCCGCUGAAGUAUGGAGUCUUCUCUUCAAUAUAUAUGGUGGAGGUCCUACAAUAUCUGUAUGCCAACCUACUUAUUCAUCAUCGAUCAAUAAUAGUAUAGAUGAAAAUCAGAUGGACGAUUUGUCAGAUCACAGUUCAUCGGAUCAAUUUUCACAGAAAAGUUCAUCAAAUUCUACUCCUACUGAACAGUUACCUCAUAAUUCAGACCAAAUUGAUGAACAAGACCGAAAUAAUUAUUUGACUAAUGGUAACAAUCAUAUGAUUGAUGGUACCUCUAACAAUUUGGAUUGGUCUGACAAUAAAUCCCAUUUGAAUCAUUGGAAUGAAAUGGAUGAAGAAAUAAAUUCUACAAAUCCCCCUAUAGAUUCAAUUUUAUCCAACGGCACUAAUGAUAAUGCUAUUCAUCAUAUUGAAAUGUACACUCAACAAAAUGAUCAUCCGGUUAAAAGUAAAUUAACUCAAUCCACUGAAUGUUCACAAUUAAAUGGUGAUUGUUAUCCAUCAUCUAGCAAAGCAUUGAACAUGUUCAAUGGUUGUUGUUCUAUUGUCACAAACUCUAACUGUCAACUGAACAAUCAUCAUCCUAAUGUUCAACAGAAAUCUACCAAUAAUAAUUUAAUUGUUAAUAAAGGCACCAGGACUGGUUAUUUUGGUGAUUAUAAUCCAUUGGAUUUAGUAAAUCAUAAAAAUGUCUCCAAAGUGGAAUCUUAGCACCAACAGCAAUAAAUGCAUCAAACGAAAUCAAAACAUGUUGAUCAGCUUUAUGUAGACAUUGUCGAAUAGUUCCUACAUAAAAUUUAAACUUUGUUUUCAGUUCAUUUGUUGCUUUUAUUACAUUUAAAUAAUAAAUAAAACUGUGAUUCUAUGGAUUGUUUUGAAAUUUUCUUCAUUGAUUGGAAUGGUAAUUGUUAUUAUGUUAUGUUGUCAGAACCAAGUGAUCUUCCCUUGUGACUCAGGUGAUGGUUCUUUUCUUCUCAUCUUUACUUUAUAAUAUAUCACCAAAGAAUAAUUGUAAUUUGUAAUUAUUUCCUCUUUUGUGAAUUGAUGAGUGUAUGUGUAUGUUUCGGUGGACAUUACAUGUUAAGAAUGACAGCAGCGUUGAACUAAGCAAACACACAUUGUUUGUGUGUGUAUGUGUCUUGUAAUUUUAUGUGUUUUAUUUUUUCAUCUAAGAAGCACUAACUUCUCUCUUCAAAACUGUAUAUUGACUGGACUCGAACUGUCGUCUCAUUCGAAUAAUUUAUUUAUUUUAUCGUUUCUUUUUGUCUCAUUUAUACAUAUAUACGUCAGUAAUUCCUCAGUAAUUUAAUAUUAAUGGUAGUAAUAAUUUUAAAUACUGAUCUUCAUCGUCUUCUUUUUCUGUAUGUGUAUGCUUAAACACUGGUAUAAUAUUUUGCUUUUUAUUCAUAUGUGUAUAAUUUCAUCUGCAUAGUAGCCAUCCAUUCAUCCGUUCAUAUUUAUUCAUUUAUAAUACAUAAUAAAAUCAUGAAAAAAAUAUAUCAACAUCACUUUCUCUUUGUGUGACCUAUUUCAUUGUCAUUAUUAUUGCUAUUACUCCUCUUACUGCUACACUACUACUACUACUGUUAUUGUUGAUAAAUAAGUAGUAGUGUCUAGUGUUACUGAUUCAUUUCUACUCAGUUAUUUCCUAUCACAUUAAUGGUGAAAUUCUUCGUUCAGUAGACGUAGAUGUGUACUCCAUUUGUUUUCUGCUCUAUUUAGAUGGAUAUUAAACUUGUCACGUGUAUAAAAGCACUAAUGUUAUUGAUUUUCUAAUUCCUGUUAUACAUUAAGUAAUUUAUAUGCAUAUAAUGUUAUUCAUACACUCAGAAAAAUGAAUAUAUAUAUAUAUAUCUUCGUGUGGGUACUUAUUAACUUAUUGUUUGUUUAAUUUUGUAAAUUUUUUUUAACGAAAAAAACAUAAACAAAGAAGUUGUGCAAAAAUAUUUUCUUCUGGUUUCUUUAUGUACAUUACCCUGUUUGUUUGUUUGUUUAUGAUUAUAUUCAACUUGUAUUCAUAUUAUUAUCAUCAUUGUUUUUGUUUUCUUUUAAAAAAGUAUUCCAUGCAACUGUUUAUUUCUGUUAUGAUCAACAUUACAGUACGGUUUUCUUAGGUCACAGUAAUAUGGAUCUUUUGUUCCAUUAUUAUUUUUAUUAUUCUCAUGGAUUGUCAAGAAUAAAUGUGUAUUUAUAGUAUUUGUUGCAAAUUUCUCCAUGUAUGUAGAAAGUGAUGUAAUGAGGUAUCGUAUUCUUUAUGGAUUGGUUUAUUUAUUUUUGAAGCAUUUCGUUGUCUUUAUGAAGUAUAAUAAGAAUAUUGUUGUUUAGAAAGACAAUGAACUGCUCUCGGAGGAUAUCAUUCAGCUCAGAGUAGACAACACCUUUAUCAUUUCAAAAGAAUAUACAUUCCUAUAUGUAUUGAGAUGAUUUGAGAUACUAGAUUUGACGUUCUAUGAAAUUCUUAAAUGAAUGAAAGUUGCUUUGUAAUUUUGUUUAUUUCAAAUAAGCAUUUAAAAAAGUGCGGGGUUGGAUACAUAAGAAUGUAUUUAUUUUUACUGGUGCAUGUCACCGAUCCUUCAUUCAUUAAAUCACUAAAAAAUACAGCUGUACAGUUACAUUAACAUCAUUGGAUGUUGACUCUGUGGUCUAGAGGUUAGGCAUUCGCGUCUGAGAUCGAAGGGCCUUGGUUUGAGUCCUGUAUGUGGGAUUGUGGAUGCUCAUCGCUGAGGAGUUUCGCGCUAAGACGAAACGGCCUUCCAAUGCUUGCAAGUAUUCAAUAGUGGUGAAGUGUUUAUCGACUCAUGGUUCAACUAUUAAAGUGUACAGUUUCAGUAAAGAUUAUUGUCGGCAAGGUAAUUUUCUUCUUUGGAUUGUUUCUAUUUCUUCAACGGCACAGUGGAUUUCGUUUGUUGUAUUUUGUAGGAAUUUCGGAAAUCUGUGUAAUAUACCUAAUAAAACUAGUACCAUUGAUCAUCAUCCAAAGAAUACUCAAUAGCUAGUGUAGAAUCAGUGUUUUUGAAGUUUAAUUGUGAAGCUUUAGACAGUUUAUUUUUACAUAUAUCAUUCCUUAAGUCUUGUUGUUUGAGUAGAUAGAUCUAUUUAUCAGUCUUGUUUUUUAAUUUAUUGAUAAUCUACUUUAAACACAAAUGGUUGGACUGUUUGUUUCUUAUUAAAUAAUCGUCCUACAGUUGUAUAUUAUCAUCAAAUAAGACUGGUCAACAAACUGUUCUUAUCAACAUAAACUACUAUUGAACUC